CACAUUUCCAUUAGACAUGAUAUAAUCGCAAUGUCACCGCAGUUUUUUCAUAUAAAGUGUUUAAGACGAACAUGGAGAUGCUAUACAUGUAGAUAUAGCAUACAGAAUGGCACUUCAUCAGCGUUUACCCGGGGUUUGCACAGUCACGUAGAAAAACCGUCCGAUGAAAGCUCAAUAAAAGAAUUCGACGACGACGCAUUGUUAAAUCAAGUGUUCAAUUCGCGCCAUUUCGAAUGGUCCCAUGGAGAUUACUUGGAGGCUCCCAUGGAUAUACACACCAAUGCACGUGCAGACGCCCCUUUGAUUAGUCGCAGCAACACGGGUAUGGGAUUCUUAGUGUUGAACAGCCUAUACACCGGAAUAUCGCAAAUAAACUCCUUAUAUCGCAAAUUGGCAGACCUUGAGACAAACAUAUACAAACGAUUUGUCGUUGUCACCAGCAUGACCAGGCAUAUAUUCAGCAAUGGACUACAUCCAAUAGAACAGAAGCUCUUUUCCGAAUCCUUGCGAAAGUUGAAACAUCAUGAAAAAGGCCAACCAUUGUUUAAAGUUGUUUUACGAUCAAUUGAUGACUACCUUAAUAAUAUAUGUGACUUGUCAUAUCUAAUACAAAGCUACAAGAAGCCCCUGCUUGCUUAUGCCAACGGGGUAACAGGUGGUUAUGGAUCAUGUUUAAUUUCACUGGCAAAUACCAGCGCCUGCUACAAACAUUCGAAAUUCAAAUUCAACAAUAUAGAUAACGGUGUGCCCCUUUUAGGAGGUCAAUCUUAUUUACUUGCUAUGCUACGUGGAUCACUUGGGGAAUACCUGUUGUUGACGGGGAAGGUGCUCUCCGGAGAAGAUCUAGUAUGGUCAGGAUUGGUGAGACGAUUUAUUCCACCAGAUGCAAUAGGUCUCAUCCAACUAACAGCUGAGAGACUUGUGGAAUUACCUGAAAAGGAAACUGAAAUCCAGCUACAAGAACUAUAUUCUCCAAUAGAAACACCAUAUUCACUAGAAAGGUUUGAGUGGCUAAUACACGAACAUUUCAAUCGACCAUCAGUGAAGGAUAUACUACACAGCCUUGAACGUGGGAUAUCCGAAAAAAAAUUGAGGUCACAAAGUAAUCUUAAAAGUGAUGUUGUUAGAAAUUGGGAGAUGGAAACUAUGGAUAUUAUCAUGGACCGAAAAUCAUCGGAAUUGAUGGACUUAGAUACAUCAUUAAAGCUGAUUAGGGACGUCAAGGCCUAUAAGGUGGAGGUGCUUAAGUCGCUAGAUAUCACACCAAAGCGGUGGGAAGAAAUUAAAAGGUUUAUUUACAAGCCUCCAUUGGAAAAAAACGACAUGUAUGCAUUUGAGUUGCUCAGGAACGUACAAUGUGAAGUUUUACUGGAGUCAUUACAACUGGAACUUGAGUCGUUCUUCACAAUGUUAGGGAAGUCUCUGGGUCUACCAGACUAUAAUAUUUGGCCAGAAUCAAGGUUCUCGGUCCACCCAUUCACACCAUCAUAUCGAUCAGGAGUUGCCUUGUCAUCCCUCCCGUAUUUACGCAAACUUCACCCGGACUAUGAUGCCAAUACAGACAGUGAUCAUGAUGCCAUUCGAACUGAUAGACUACAUGAACGCUGGCCCCCUGAUUUUCUACAGCGGGAGAUGAUGCUCAUGAAACGGAUACUAAUAAAAUAGAGAUAUUUUAAUAUUUAGCAAUUCAGACACAAACGUGGAAUUUGUAGUUAAUUAAUGUGUUUCAUCUAACAUUGUUACUA